GUUGAAGGUGAAGACCUCUUCUAUUUCUUGGAGGGCGGCAGGGACUCCUGUGACGACCCGCACACACCGGACCCUAUGCAAUCUCCUUCACGAACACCCCCUACCCCAUCUCUUCUAGCUGCAAGUUCUCCGUCUCUGCUUCUAUCACGUUCUCGACUUCGGCUCGUCGCAAGUAUGUUUCGACAGAUGUGCGACGCCGUCGAAGCCUGUCAUGCCCAAAGUGUGUUCCAUCGCGACAUAAAGCCAGAGAACUUUAUCGUCACGGAGUCCACUUCCACUCCCUCCGCCACGAAUGAUUUCAAUCCACACACCCCCCUCCGCCCAUCCGCUUCCCGGCGUCCGUCGCUUACCAUGGCCGCGUCGUCCUCUCAUGCAUUGUCCCGCCCAUCCUCGUCUACCCCCACUCGCCGUGUCGUCGUCAAGCUUACGGACUUCGGCCUCUCUACCCGCGACCAAGAGUCCUCCGACAUGGACUGCGGGAGUGCGCCGUACAUGUCCUACGAAUGUCGCAAUAACGUGGCUCCGACUUACAAGCCCAAGGCCGCGGACGUCUGGAGCCUGGGUAUUGUUCUCAUCAAUAUGUUAUACCACCAUAAUCCCUGGACCGAUACCAUAUUGCCUUCAAAGUCUGACCCAUACACGGCCGGCGCCUGCUCAUCUUUCCUCCAAUAUCUGCAGAAUCCUGUUCAGUUCUUCCUCACCCGCUUCGCGGGCAUGACGCUUCCUGCUGCGCGCUUCCUGUCCGAGCGCGUAUUCUGCGUGCCAGACACCGAUCGCUGCUCGGCGAAGGAGUUCGGCGAGUGGGUCAGCGGCACCGGCGCUUACGCUGUUCAUCCUCCGUCUGCCUCAUAUCGCCCAUCCUCGUCGGCUUCUACCGCGACUGCCACCGAAGACCGGUACGGACGUGGCGGGCUAGGUGUCGUCUUCGGCGUUGAGGUGCGCCAGCGCGCGCCCUCAAUCUCGCUUGCGCACCGUGUAAGCGUCGGCAGCAUCCCGCCCUCGCGUCGCCCAAGCUCCCGCGCAAGCUUCGCGCCUAGCAUUAACGUCGGUCACAUCUCUGCCGAGCCCGAGUCCGACCAGAUCCAGGACUUCUCGUCGGAGGUACGCAUGUCGAAGGCGCCUCUUCAACGUCAGGCAAGCGACACCGCCGACUCGGUCUCGGGCAGCGCGUUCUUUACCUCGCGCUCGACGUCGACGAACAAGCGCCGCAAGCGCGGUGCUCGGCGUAACAAGGGCAACAACGGCAACCAGACGCCCACUUCGGUCGCCAGCGGGGCCGAGCCGGGUGCCAUGGUCGACGUCCUCGCUGAGGCCAGCCAGAAGCUCGCGCGCGAGAUCAGCCGCGUCAGCCACCCGAAGUCGGACGUCAUCGAGGAAGUACCGCGCACGGCUACGGCACCGCCCCGUGUCCCUAGCGUCGGCCAGCCGUCCACGUCGAGCGUGCGUAGCAGCAACAGCAGGCAGAGCGCCGCCAGCGGCCAGAGCGGGUCGAGUGCGAGCACCACGACGCGGCGCAAUCGGCGCGUCCCUUACGAGCCGCCCUCGAUGUGGGGCGUCCCCGAGGCGCUCUGCACCAACAACGCGGCGCCGACGAGCCGGCCCGCGUCAGGCAAGGUGGCGACGACGCGCAGGAUCACGCAGAAUGCGUCAACCAGCACGUCAUCGCUGCAAGGCAAGAAGUCGUCCAAGUGGAAGCUUUCUUUCGGGAAGAGCCAGCUCCCUCCGGUGGCAGACGAUGCGGCGUCCACAAUGUCGAUGGACUUUGCGAACGCGGACAACAUGAGCAUCACCAGCUUCGCCAUGGGCUCUGGUCCUAUGGGCAAGUUUGCGUCUCCUCCUGGUCGCCGCGAGCUCUCGCCGCCUCGCGCGCAGGCGCCUCGUCCUCCUCGGGAGCCGUCGCCCACACCGCCGGCUCGUACGGAGCCUCGUCCUCAUAUGACGGUGGCAGCGGCGAACGUCACGGAUCUCAUUAUGGGCCUCAACGCACCGGUCAGUCCCGCGACACCCUCUACGGCACAGAGCAGCUCUUUCUCGCUCGACGCGAACCCUGUGCGCGGGCGCAACACGUUGGAGGGCAACUCGCCACACUCCCGGCCUCGGAACUUCGGCAGUCCUUCGCCCAGCCGUAGCGUGGCGUCGUCUGUCUAUUCUGCUGACUACGUCGCGCCGGCGUCACAGCUGCGCCAGACCAAAGGUACUACUCCCACUUUCGCGAAGACUCCCUCUCCUCAUCGCGGCGGCGGCGUAGAUCCUCAUUGGGCAAGUCUCAGCGGCGCCAGUCUCGACAUUCCGACCUCAUCCAACCAAGCGACGCCUACCGCGAAGCCGACCAAGAUGAGCAGCGGCCGUGGAGGAAGCGGCAACUGGCGCAACUCGAUGAGCAGCACGGCGACUGGCUCGACGAGCGCGACGACGAGCACGACCGCGUUUACCCGAUACAGCAAUGGGAGCCGCGCGAGUGUCUCGACGACCGCGACGAGUGUCAGUGGCACGAGUUGGAGGGCAGGUGGUGGCGGGAGUAUCAGCAGCGGCCAUAGCGGCAAGACGAGCCCAACUAGUUUCACCAGCAAUGGGAACGGGAAAGGCGGAUAUCAGACACUUCCGCGGAACAUCAAGGUCAUGAAUGGUGUUCCCGGUAUAUUGCACGAGCUCCCUCGGGGGCAGAACCCAUCUCUCGACGGCUAUACACAGGCCCCUCGCAAGCAGCGCACACGCAAGCCGCCGAAGGACCUCACUUUGGACACUAUCAACGAGCGACCCCCCGCCACCUCGUCGGCGCAGAAGUCGCCCACCGCGGAGGGCCCGGCCGGCCGGCUCGCGGACGCGGCGACGAGCACGACGGACCUCGACGGGGUCGAGUUUGACGGCCAGAAGAAGGUUCAGCGCGGGCAGAUCAACGCGCUCGCGAAGAUGCUGUCCGCUCUGCGGCGGUGAAUCGUUACUGGCGCUUGUAUUAUGAACGCGUCCCCGGACGCUCACAACACCCCUCUUGUCGGACUCGGCGGCGGCGGCUCCCAUCUUCCCCACUUCCCCAGCCCUGCCUCGAUGGCUCCCCUCGCCUCCUCGUCGCCGCCGUCUCUGUGUAUUACUACGAAUGUCGUCUGGUAUACUAGCUAUCCUCGUGUCGGCGACGCAUCGCCCAUCCACUCGCUCCAUUGUCGUUUUCUGUUUUCCUGUGUUUAUGUCGAAUUUGGGUCCCCCGUCUGGCCCAGACGGACUGACUGUAUUUACUUAGAUUCGACGGAGUCGCAGUUGCAUUGUCAUCCAAUUCAAUCAUUCGUGCAGCCGUGUCGAUAUAGCCAUACUAUCCGCCCAUAGUAGCAACCGAUUAUUUAAUGUUCAUGGUGCAUCGU